GCGCCUGGCUGGGGUGGGUCCCGCGGUUCCGCGGGCUGCUGAAUGACAGCGAAUCCGCAGGGGGGGUGUUUAGGUAAGACAAGGCACCUAUAUCUAGUGUAGUCAGCCGAUUGUCGUCCCGGUGACAGCGGGUGGCACCCCCACCCGAUAAGCAGCUUUUUGUUUGGUUCCGCGUCCGGUUUGGGGGGGGGGGGCCAAUGGCUCUUUUCCCGAUGUUUCUGGUCCCAUCCUACACCACAAGUCAAAUCAAACCAAGACUUCUCGCGAAUUUACAAAAGAGACACGACUCGACUCCAACGAACCGACGCAACCGACCGGCGAGCUCCACCGUGAAAACAAAAAAGACCCAAACUCUCCUACAACGACACCGAAAAAGGGAAAUCAGCCAAGAUGCUUCUAGCAGAGGAGCCCGCGACGCUCAUCCGCCACACAAUCGACAACUUCAACAUCCAACCGGACAAGCAGGCCGUCGCGCGCAUCAAUGAGUCCCUCUCGACCCUCCAGCAGGCCCGCGAGCUGCGCCUCCGCGAGGCCGAAAAUGCACUCAAGAAACUCUCGCGCCAGCUCAACACGAUGUCGUCCCAGCACGCCGAGCUCACGUCGCAGCACUCGUCGACGGCGCACGCAUCCGAGAUCGCCCGCCUCGACACGACGAAGUUCCGCACCGCCAAGGCCGCCUCGGACGCCGAGAUGGAGGCCGAGCGGCUCGCCCAGCAGGCCGCCGACCUCGCCGCGCGGCUGCAGGAGCUCGAAAUCCAGGGGCUCGACGGCUCCGCCGACGACCAGGCCCGCCGCCGCGACCCCGUCGACGACGAGGUCCUCCUCCGCCUCAAGGUCUACCGCAGCCUCGGCAUCGAGAUCGAGCGCGACGGCCGCGACGGCGAGUUCAGCCGUGCCGUCGUCCGCAACGACCGCAAGGGCGACGUCCACGUCGUCAACAUGGACAAGAAGUUUUCAAAGUUCUUUUACGCAAACUACUUUUGGCAGACGCUGUAGGCCGGUGUAUGAGAGAGGGAGAUAGAGAGAGAUAGAGAGAGAGAGAGAGUGUGUGUGUGUGUGAGUGUGGAAAAGAAAACAGGGGGGGCAGCGUGCCGUGCAUGAUUAUGCUUUUAUUGUAGUCUUAUUUGGGGAUAACGAUGGCGUUUGGGUAAAGGGGUCAUGAUGGGAUACCACGUCUGCGAGACACGAGACACUUGUUCAUUUUCUUCACCUAAAAUAUUUGAUUCGCUUCAUCAAGCGAACCGUCCAUUCUGCUACACGAGUCACAGUCAUCAUCACAGUGCAAUCGGGGGCCAAGCGGGUUCG